AUGAAACGUCUGCUCACGACCGUCAUUGUACUUGUUCUCGGCGUUUUCCUCUUCCAUUUGCGCAGUCCAAGUCCAACUUCUUCCGACGUAACUGCUGUGGUUUUAAACUGGGUCCGACUCCCAAAUGUCGUGCAAAUCGUCUCCUCACUAUGCAGAGAACCAGUAAUCCAGCAGAUCAUUGUUUGGAACAACUACAACCUCCGCCCCCUUACCCCAGAAGACUUUACUGAGAGCCACUGCCCCAAACUAAGAAUCUACAAUUCCCCCAAUAACGCGUAUUUCCAGGCGCGUUUUCUUGCGUGUGCUAAUGCGUCAACACCGUAUUGCUUCAUCCAGGAUGACGACUAUCUUGUUCAGCCUGAAGUUAUUCGCAGUUUGCGAGCACGGGUUACCUCGCAUGAUAUAUUUCUUGCCCCACCAGACGAGUGGUUGGCCAGUCGACUACUUUCCAUUGAAUCGGCCAAGAUCACGUUUGGCUUUGCGUGGCUCGGAUAUGGCAGUAUGAUCCUCAGAAACAACGCCCGCGACUUCCUGUCUUUAUUAGGGAGGCUCGGACUUUCAGCAGAGCAAUUGGAAAUGGCAGACAACUAUUAUUCCAUCCUUCGUAAUCAAUUCCCGGAAGUCUGGAUAGCUCGUCCCCAUGCUCUAUAUGGUGAUGGCGCCUUUACAGUUGGAACUGAGGGACUUGAACGCAACCGUCGUCACAUUGCUCAUGCCGUUACGUACUUGGAUUCUAACGUCGGAAAUGCUAGUCUUCCUUAUCUCUCUCAAGCCGGGACAAGUUCGCGGCAAAACAUCGAGUUGACUCCUUGCUUACAAAAUGCUUGCGUUCUGGAGACCGCCGUCAGGUUGAUGCCAGAGGUGUCUAGUAGUAAAAACUACAAAGCAGCACAGGACAUCUUUGCUCACGAACAACUCUUUGUCUCUGCGCUGUCAAACGAGUUCACAACCAACACAAUGGAGUUUUCGAUAUUCCAUGCCGUAGACGGAAAUUUGACGACAGCGUUUCGGAGUCCUUUCAUUGCUAUUGCCGGCGACACAUUCAUGCUAGAUAUGCUUGCGGAUGUUCGAAUUAAAGCACCGAUUUAUUGGACCUGGCUUGUAGAUUUGGGAACCGUCGAACUUCUCAAAUCAUCCUCGCUCUUCUACUCAUCCGAUAAGGCUGUCUGGAAACAAUUAGAAGAGCCACUGAUUACGUCAGAGACCACGAAUAUACCGCGUGACCGUGACAUGGAUUCACUUGCUAUCGACUUGCAUGUUGCCUAUAUCCAAAAUUUGGGCAAGAGCACCGAUGAUCUGAUGUACCACCUCACCGCCCACCUCCGGCUAAAUGCGAUUUACUGGGGCUUAACUGCGCUGUGUGUGAUGGGCCACCCUGACGCGCUCGACAAGGACGAUGUCAUCAAGUUUGUUAUGAGCUGUUGGGAUGACGAGGUCGGCGGCUUUGGAGCGCAUCCAGGUCAUGAUGCCCACAUCCAUCCUACUCUCAGCGCAAUCCAAAUUCUGGUCAUCUACGACUCUUUGCACAUCGUCGACGCUCCUCGCGUUACUGAAUUCAUAUUAUCCCUCCAGCAGCCCUCUGGAGUAUUCGCUGGGGACUCAUUUGGUGAAAUAGACACGCGCUUCUCUUACAUUGCGGUAAACGCUCUGUCCCUCCUCGGCGCUCUGGACCAACUUGACAAAGACAAGACGGUCGAGUAUAUAGUGCAAUGCAAGAACUUCGAUGGUGGGUUUGGCAACACCAUCGGCGCAGAAAGCCAUUCUGGACAGGCCUUUGUCUGCUGCGCAGCGCUUGCUAUACUUGACCGUCUCGACGUUAUCGACAGCGAGACCCUGGGCUGGUGGUUGGCUGAACGUCAAGUCCCAGGCGGUGGCUUAAACGGGCGCCCAGAAAAGCUUCCCGAUGUACAUUUGUCUGCUAUAGCUUCUGGGUACUUUUCCGCCCUGUCGAUCCUGAACAAAGUAUCAUGGAUCGACUGCGACCAAUUAACUAAUUUCAUUCUAUCUGCACAAGAUCUGGAGAAAGGCGGCAUCGCAGACCGGCCUGAUAAUGUUACAGAUGUCUUUCAUACUCAAUUCGGUGUAGCAGGCCUCUCGAUUCUAGGAUACCCCGGAUUGGUCGAUCUUGACCCAGUUUACUGCCUGCCUGCCCCCAUCAUCGAAGCAAAGGGACUUCGAGUAGGCUGGAAGUCUUUGGAACGCCGGAAAGCCGCCUAA